UGGAGGCUACAUGGCCUAACCAUUAGAAUUAAAUAUUGUUGUAGAAAGCAAGCAAUCAAAAUGAAGUUAUGUUCUACGUAGCAGCAAUUGAACGUUUAAUUUAAAGUAAAGGAUGACCUGAAAUUUUAGGAAGGCUUCUUAGGAAUUUUAGGAUUUAAAGAGGCAGUCGAUCAAAUGCAUUAGAAAUGGAAGAUCUCAAGUCAAGGCAAAAACUAGAAUUGAAAGAGCUUCAAGCUAAAACCCAGAAUAUGAAGCAUUCUGUGCCAAAAGGAGACAAGAAAAGAAAAAAACAAAUGAUGGCUGAAAUUGCUUUAUUAGAGGCAGAAUUGCAAGAAAAGCAUCAAAAAGAAAUUUCUGACUUAAAUCAGGCAGGCAAUAAACAAGAAACAAAUGACCUAUGUGAACCACUCAGUGAGAUAAACAUCUGCAGGGAAGAAGCCCCUCCAAAGCGUAUCAGUAAAGCACAGAAAAGACGUGAGCGAAAAGAGGAGGAAGAGAAAGAAAGGCAAAAAAGGUUAGAAGCAGCAGAAGAAGAAAACGUGAAUAGUGCCAGAAAUGUAGAAUCAAACAGACUAAAGAAAAUCGUUGCACAGAAUGGAUUGCGCAUCAAAGAGAUCGCUCCAGAUGGAAACUGCUUGUACAAUGCAAUAGCUGAUCAGCUAUCGGGAAUGGAAGCCAAUUAUGAAUGGAAGAGUCUACGCGCAAUGGCAGCAAACAAGUUAAGAGCUGACAGGGACCACUUUAUUCCAUUCAUGGCAAAUGUGACAACAGGGGAGCCAUUUACCGAGGAUGAUUUUGAGAAUUAUUGUAACGACGUUGAGAAUACAAAUGCAUGGGGUGGGCAAAUAGAGAUUCAGGCACUUUCAACUAUUCUUGGCUUGUCAGUAGAAAUCUUCCAAGCAGAUUCACCAGUUUUAAAGAUCGGAAACAACUGUCAAGGGAAAGCCAUUCGCCUCUCCUACCACAAACAUGCUUAUGGUUUGGGUGAGCAUUACAACUCCUUGGUUGCCAUUGAAGAGUAGAAAUCGCAAAAUAAACAAAAUCAUUCACAUACUAAAUCAGUCUUAUUUCUGUUACAUAAAGAAGUAACUAAAUCCUAGAAACCUUGAAGACUGUAACAUACGAAAUCAAAUGGCUUCUCCCCUUCAAAUAAUCCCCAUAUCGAGAAAAUAGAAAUUGUUAAUAAGCCCCACAACCCUCAUAUGAUUAAAGAAACACCAAUAAGCCCCUGCCCUCAACUGCAGCAUAUUCAUUUUUACAUCUUGAUUAGUUUCCAAAAGGGUUAUUGAUCAACAAAUGAAAAGAACUUUAAAA